AUGAGUGGGUUUCGUGUAUUAGAUUUGGUAAAACCGUUUAGUCCAUAUUUACCAGAAGUUAUUGCUCCUGAACGUAAAGUUCCAUUUCAACAAAGAGUAAUGUGGACCAUAAUAACAUUAAUGAUUUUCUUGGUGAUGUCAGAAAUUCCAUUAUAUGGUAUAGCAUCAACAGAUUCAAGUGAUCCAUUAUUUUGGUUAAGAAUGAUGUUAGCAUCAAAUAGAGGUACAUUAAUGGAAUUAGGUAUAUCACCAAUUGUUUCUUCAGGAAUGUUAUUUCAAUUAUUACAAGGUACAAAAUUAAUUCAUGUUGAUAUGCAAAAUAAAAAUGAUCGUGAAACAUUUCAAGUUGCUCAAAAAUUAUUGGCAAUUUUAUUAGCAAUUGGUCAAGCUACUGUUUAUGUAUUGACUGGAAUGUAUGGUCCUCCAAAAGAUUUAGGAAUUGGUGUUUGUUUAUUAUUAAUUUUACAAUUAGUAUUUGCAAGUAUUAUUGUUAUUUUAUUAGAUGAAUUGUUACAAAAAGGUUAUGGUUUAGGUAGUGGUGUAUCAUUAUUUACUGCUACAAAUACAUGUGAACAAGUAUUUUGGAAAGCUUUUGCACCAACUACAAGUUCUUCAGCUAGAGGUACUGAAUUUGAUGGUGCAGUUGUAUCAAUGUUUCAUUUAUUAGGAUCAAGAAAAGAUAAAAAAAGAGCAUUGAUUGAAUCAUUUUACAGACCGAAUUUACCAAAUAUGUUUCAAUUAAUUGCUACAAUUUUAGUUUUUUUCAUAGUUGUUUAUUUACAAGGUUUUAGAAUUGAAUUACCAAUGAAAUCAACUAGACAAAGAGGACCAUAUGGAUUAUACCCAAUUAGAUUAUUUUAUACUUCAAAUAUUCCAAUUAUGUUGGAAAGUGCUUUAGCUUCGAAUAUUUUUAUUAUGUCACAAUUAUUAUUUGUUAGAUGGCCAAAUAAUUUCUUUAUCAAAUUAUUAGGUACUUGGGAUGCAAGACCUGGUUCAGCUCAAUUAUAUGCUAAUGGAGGAUUAGCUUAUUAUAUUCAACCACCAUUUAGUUUUACCGAAGCUCUCUUAGAUCCAAUUAAAACUACCAUCUACAUAGCUUUUGUUUUAGGAAGUUGUGCUUUAUUUUCAACUACAUGGAUUGAGAUUAGUGGUACAUCACCAAGAGAUAUUGCAAAACAAUUUAAAGAACAAGGAUUAGUUAUUGCAGGUCAUAGAGAAACUUCAGCAUACAAAGAAUUGAAAAAAAUCAUUCCAAUUGCUGCUGCUUUUGGUGGUGCUACAAUUGGUGCAUUAUCAGUUGUUUGUGAUUUAAUGGGAACUUUAGGUAGUGGUACUUCAAUUUUGUUGGCUGUUACAACUAUUUAUGGAUAUUAUGAAUUAGCAGUUAAAGAAGGUGGAUUUAAUAAAGCUUUAGUAAGUGGCUAUUCUGAUGGUAUUUAA